AUUCGGUUCAAGUCCGGCUUUGCGGUUUGACUCUUUCUUUCUCUUUCUCUCCCUCUCUCCUUCCCCAGAAUCCAAUCAUCAUCUUCUCGUAAAGGUAGGCGCUGCUUGUGUGAGCGCUGGGGAUUACAUUAUUAUCCUUUCUCAUCACGACAAGCCUCUUGGGAGGACAACCCUGGUCACUGCAUUCAUUGGUAUACAGGAUAGAACAAUAGAAGACACUCAUCAAAACACCGGCAAGAGAUCAAAAUAAUGAGUGCAGCAUCAAAACCAGUCAGUGCAAGCCGUCAAGGCAAACAACGUCAACCAAAUCCAACAGAUAAGAUCUUAGGAUGUUUUUCUAAUGUUCCUCAAAAUUCAACUUUAGAUCAUCUAGUACGUUAUUUUUCCACUUGGAGUGGAACGGAUAAAUUGAUGAUGAUCACGCAAUAUUCAUCAAAAUUGUUGAUCGCUUUUUUGACAUUACAACAUGCUUUACGAAUCAGACUUCGAUAUGGAACGAAAGGAUAUCAUGCUCCACAUGGAGGUAGUUCGAUUGCGAAAAAAUUGGAAAAACUUUCUUCUUUAAUAUCCGAUGCAAGAUGUUUAUAUCGUAUUUGGGGAAUUUUGCCAAUUUUGAAAUGGAUGAUCGCUUUGGAAAAAUCACCACCUCCAACGAGACUUUUACAUAAUAUCGAACGUAUUCAAGGUUGGUCAAUGAUUUUGUAUUGUCCUUUAGAAGCAAUUGCUUAUCUAGCUUCUCAUAAUAUUCUCAACAUCUCUCAAACGACGCAAAACAAACUUUGGCUAACGAGUGCUCGGGCAUGGGCUGUAUAUGUGAUGCUACAGCUUUUGCAUCUUGUGGAAGAUAACAGGCUAUUGAGAUUAAGAGCAAAAGCAUUGGAACGCAGUCGUGGUCAUCCAUCUCCGCCAUCUUCCAGCUCAAACGUUUCAAAGACGAGCGAGAAAGGAUUAUCAGCAGAGCAAGUACAAACGAGACGGAUGUGGGAUGAGUUGGAUACACGCAAGGCGGCCAUCUUGAACGAGUUCUGGGUAAAUUUGGGCUAUAUGCCUUUGACGAUUCAUUGGUCACAUCCUUUGGGAUUGUUCAAUGACGCAUGGGUAGGAUUAUUUGGUACAGUUGCUGCUACGGCUGGUAUACGCUCAGGCUGGAAAGCAACCGAAUUACCACCAGAUGCAGCAACGCAAUGAGAUCCUUCUUCAUCAAAAGUAGCAUCUUACAUCUAAUGUUUCGAUGUAUGCACCUUUGUAUAUACUGCUUAUUCUCCUUCUACAAUUCAUGCUAAUAUCCAAG